GAAAUAUGUACAAAAACAUCUAAACAUAACCUGAAACGUUGCCUUAACGUUUAUAUUUUGUUAGGACACAGUGUCCUUUCUCAGUUUUGAUAACUACGUACCAGAAUUAGUUUUCGUCCACAAGGGUAACUUAACGUUCACUGUGGAACUUAUCUGAGCAGAAAUGGAAGAGAUGGACGUAGGGAACGACGAAAGCAACGAUAAAAGUCCGAACGAAGAUUCAUCUGGAAGCAAAGAUGACGCGUUGGAGAUGGUUGAGAAUGAAGUCGAAGAAAACGCGGAAAAUGAAUCGGUCGGUGAUCAGGACGAAAUUGAGGACGAGGACGAUGACGAAGAGGAUGCUGACGAGGCGGAAGUUAGAGUUUUGGAAGCUGCCCUCGCUCAGAAUCCGUAUGAUUACGCGAGCCAUGUAGCUAUUAUCAGUAAGUUGCAAAGAAUGGGUGAAUUGGAAGGAUUGCGUGCUGCCAGGGAGAAUAUGAACUCCAAGUUUCCCUUGAGUUCUGAACUCUGGUUAUCCUGGAUACGUGAUGAGAUCAAACUAGCUACUACACCAGAACAGAAAGAAGAAGUAGUCAAACUGUGCGAACGAGCGGUUAAAGAUUAUCUUUCUGUAGAAAUAUGGCUAGAAUAUUUACAGUUCAGUAUCGGUAAUAUGGGUACUGAGAAAGAUGCAGCAAAGAAUGUCCGGCAAUUGUUUGAACAAGCAUUAACAGCUGUUGGAUUGCACACUAUUAAGGGUGCAAUAAUAUGGGAGGCCUUUAGAGAGUUUGAAAUUGUUCUACAUGCAUUGAUCGAUCCUACUAAUCUGGCUGAAAGGAAAGAACAACUUGAGCGUAUUGGAAAUUUAUUUAAAAGGCAGUUAGCCUGUCCUUUGUUAGAUAUGGAAAAAACGUAUGAGGAGUAUGAAACUUGGCGCACUGGAGAUGGUGCAGAAGCUAUUAUUGAUGAUAAAAUUAUACUUGGGGGAUACGAGCGAGCAUCCGCGAAGCUUAAUGCUCGUCUACCUUAUGAAGAAAAGAUUGUUUCCUCACAAGCUGAAAGUGAGCUUUUAGAUGCGUACAAAGCGUAUUUGAUGCACGAAAAACAAAAUGGAGAUCCAGGUCGAAUAAGUGUUUUGUAUGAAAGGGCAGUCGCCGAUCUUAGUUUAGAAGUGUCGCUCUGGCUUGAUUAUCUUACAUACCUGGAAGAAAAUAUAAAAAUCGAAUCUAUCUUAGAUCAAGUGUAUCAGAAAGCUACGAGAAACAUUCCAUGGUGCGCCAAAAUAUGGCAGAAAUGGAUAAGAUCGUACGAGAAAUGGGGAAAACCGACGUUAGAAAUCCAAGCAUUGCUGGAAAAUGCUUUAACAGCUGGAUUUUCUACUCCUGAAGACUACCAAAAUCUAUGGAUGACAUAUUUAGAAUAUUUACGACGAAAAAUCGAUCAGCAUUCGAACGACGAAGAGAAGCAGUUGGAAGUAUUGUGUAAUACGUUUAAUAGAGCUUGCGAACAUUUGGCGAAAUUUUUUGGUUUGGAAGGAGACCCCAAUUGUAUUAUAUUACAAUUCUGGGCAAGAACUGAAGCUAUACAUGCCAAUAACAUGGAAAAAGCUAGGUCAUUGUGGGCUGAUAUUCUGUCACAAGGACAUUCCGGAACAGCAUCUUACUGGUUGGAAUAUAUUUCACUAGAAAGAUGUUAUGGAGAUACAAAACAUUUAAGGAAAUUGUACCAGAAAGCUCUGACUGCUGUAAAAGAUUGGCCAGAGAGUAUAGCAAAUGCAUGGAUAAAUUUUGAAAGGGAUGAAGGAACUUUAGAACAAAUGGAACACUGCGAGGCGAAAACUAAAGAGAAACUGGAGAAAGUAGCCGAGGAAAGACAGAAAAUACAACAAACUUCUAAUCAUGAGUUAUCGCCAUUACAGAAUAAAAAGGCACAUAAAAGAAAAUCAGAUGAUGCUGGUAGAUGGAAGAAUUUAGGAGGAACAAAGAUUACGAGAGUCGAAACACAAGUGAGAUCAAAAUUAAGAGAAACUCAUCUGAAUUUUGAAAAGAAAAUCGAUGAUGAGAUCAAGGAAGAAAAACCAAAGAUUGCUCCACCACCUGGCUUUAAGGCUCCAGAAAAUGAUCAAAUGGAAGUAGAUAACACUCAGGAAGUCGAUGAUAAAAUCACGGUUUUCGUAAGUAAUUUAGACUACACCGCAACCGAGGAAGAAGUUAGAAACGCUUUAGAACAGGUUGGUCCGAUCACGUCGUUCAAAAUGAUACGAGAUUAUAAAGGACGCAGCAAGGGAUAUUGCUAUGUGCAGUUGAGUAACCCGGAAGCGGUCGAGAAGGCUUUAAAAUUAGACAGAACUCCAAUACGAGGGCGACCGAUGUUCGUUUCGAGAUGCGACCCAAACAAAACAACGCGAACACCGGGGUUUAAAUACAGUCAGUCUCUCGAGAAGAAUAAACUCUUCAUUAAAGGUCUACCGGUAACGACAACAAAAGAAGAACUGGAAGAAAUAUUUAAAGUUCACGGACCAUUGAAAGAAGUUCGUAUAGUUACUUACCGAAACGGGCAUUCGAAAGGACUGGCGUACGUUGAGUACGAAGACGAAGCUACCGCCGCGAAAGCUCUCCUGGCUACUGACGGAAUGAAAAUCGGUGACAAAAUUAUAAGCGUGGCUAUAAGUCAGCCACCUGAACGAAAGAAGGUUCCAGUGAACGAUGAAACAUCUUUGAUUAAGUCUCUAGGUGGCACCACAGUGAGUAGGACAGCGUUCGGUAUGCCCAAAACGCUAUUGUCCAUGGUACCCCGUACCGUUAAAACCGGUGCCACCAACGGCAGUGCAAAUGCAACUGCGAGCGGGGCUUCACAAAAAAUGAGUAAUCAAGACUUUAGAAACAUGUUGCUGAAUAAAAAAUAAUUUACUAUUAAACAA